AUGGCCAAGCACACUGUUCUCCGACUCACUAAGCAAGGUCACUGGGAUAACCUUGCGGAGUUUCAAGAGCCUCGCCCGUCAGCCGGGAAGCAUGAAGUUCUCGUCAAAGUUCAGAGUGUGUCGUUGAACUUCCGAGACAUCGCCAUUGCGACCGGCAAAUAUCCCUUUCCGGUGAAAGAGAAUGUUGUCCCGGGCUCCGAUGCAGCCGGCGACAUCAUUGAAACCGGCGAGGGAGUCUCUGGAUUCAAGAAAGGCGACAAAGUCGUCAUUACCUUUGACCUUGCGACCUUGUACGGACCGAUCAAGUCAUGGCACAAUGGACAAGGCGGCCCAAUCGACGGCGUCUUGAGAGAAUAUGUCUCUGUGCCUGCCUCUACUGUGGUCAAAAUCCCUGAGGCUUCCACUCUGACUUACGCCCAAUGGGCUAGUGUCGUCUGCACAGGUACCACGGCCUGGAAUUCGUUGUAUGGAAACAACCCAUUGAAACCAGGACAGACUGUUCUUUUCCAGGGUACGGGUGGUGUGUCUAUCACUGGUCUUGCAUUGGCCAAGGCUGCUGGCGCAACAACGAUCAUCACAUCCUCCUCGGACGAGAAGCUUCAACUGGUCAAAGAAAAGUACGGAGCUGAUUACGGGAUCAACUAUAAGAAAACCCCUGACUGGGCAUCCGAGGCCCGGAAGAUCACUGGUGGUCAGGGUGUUGAUUACAUUCUGGAGAAUGGUGGCUCAGGAACCAUCAAGCAAUCUCUUGAAGCGAUCGCUUUCGGUGGUGUCAUUUCAGUCAUCGGAUUCCUUUCAGCUGCGCCUCAAGAGGAAAUGCCCGACGUUGCGUCCCUUGCACUGGGCAAAGGAGCUGUGGUCCGUGGCAUUAUGGUCGGAUCAAAGCAGCAAAUGGAGGAGGCCAUUCAGUUCAUCGGUCAGCGAAACCUUCCGGUGCCGGUAGAGAAGACUUUCAAGUUCGGUCGUGACCAAGUGGUUGAGGCGAUGAAUUAUCUUGUUGGUGGUCAGCACAUUGGCAAGGUUUGCAUUGACUUUUGA